UUGCAGAGGGACAUUGAGCAGCACAGUGUGGGUGUGACAUCAGUCCUGAGCCUGUGUGACAGCCUCCUGCUUGACACGGACACCGAGACAGAAUGCGACUCUAUCCAACAGACCACACGGACUCUGGACCGCAGGUGGCGCAACAUCUGUGCCAUGUCGGUGGAACGCCGGAUGAAGAUCGAGGAGACGUGGAGACUUUGGCAGAAGUUCCUGGAUGAUUACUCCCGCUUCGAGGACUGGCUGAAGGGAGCCGAACGAACUGCAGCUCAACCCAACUCCUCCCAAGUCUUGUACUCACUCGCCAAAGAGGAGCUGAAAAAAUUUGAGACGUUCCAGAGGCAGAUUCACGAGAGUCUCACCCAACUGGAGCUGAUCAACAAACAGUACAGGCGACUGGCGAGAGAGAACAGGACCGACUCAUCCCGCCGCCUGAAGCAGAUGGUGCACGAGGGAAACCAGCGCUGGGACAGCCUGCAGAAACGCAUCACCGCCAUCUUACGCAGGCUCAAGCACUUCACCAAUCAAAGGGAAGAGUUUGAAAGUUCCCGGGAAUGUAUCCUGGUGUGGCUCACCGAGAUGGAUCUGCAGCUCACCAACGUAGAGCAUUUCUCUGAGAGUGACAUCGAUGACAAAGUACGACAGUUGAAUGCCUUCCAGCAGGAGAUCACCCUCAACACUAACAAGAUUGACCAGCUGAUUGUCUAUGGUGAGAUGCUGAUUCAGAAGAUUGAGCCGAUGGAUGCUAUCACCAUUGAAGAUGAGCUUGAGGAGCUCCAUGCGUACUGCCAGGAAGUGUUUGGGCGCGUUGCACGUUUCCACCAGAGGCUCAUGUCCAAACAGCCGAUGAUUGACGAGGACAAGGAUCUGUCUGACAGGGAGGCAGACACAGAAGAUGCGAGUGAGCUGCAGAACAUGAGCUGGCCGGAGAAGACUGGUGGCUCAGACAUGCCUGUUCAGGGGUCUCUGAGUCACCUCGCCCUGCCUGGAGAGACACAGCAACAUGAGAGAUCAGGCGGUGUGACCCCGGUCAGUGUGGACUCCAUCCCCUUGGAGUGGGAUCACACGGUGGACGUGGGAGGGUCUUCUUCGCAUGAAGAUGAAGAUGAUGGCUUGUACUUCAGCACUUUAUCAGAUGUAGAAAUCACAGAAAGCCCCGAGGCCUAUGUUAAAAUGACAGAAAGCACAUUGAGAACUACAGCUGGGAACGUGGACACAGACCCUGCUUCAUGGCGUCUCGCCACCAGCCCAGAGGGCAGCAGGAAGUGCCAGUUUCAGCAAACGGAAAUCACAAUUGGACACCAUCCACCCACUGACGGUCAAAGCUCGGACGCUGCUCAUUGUGACGGCUACGUCAAGCUCUUGUCGGAAUAUUCUGGAAGCAUCAACAGUAUCAGGCAGGAACCGGAUAUUCUGGGAGAUGAGAUGUCUCAGCAGUCAGAGCUGGUGAAGUUGGCACACUCUGAGCAGACAGCAGGGGGAAUCGAGCGCUGGGAUCUGUUCCAUGCCCAGGCUCUCAGUGAGGAACUGCUCAUCAAGCAGAACCUGCAGCAAUGGCAGCAGCUGAACUCUGACCUUGACGACAUCUCGGCCUGGUUGACCCGCAUUGAGCCGUCCCUCAAUCAGCCUCAGGAACUCGAGCCCUCAACCAGGCUUCCCAGCAUCGAGGAGAAACUGCGGAGUCUCUGUAGCAUUCAGAAGGAGCUUGACAAGUACAAGGCCCUGGUUAUCUCUGCGAACCUGAACAGUCGGGAGUUCCUUCAGACAGACAGCGUCGAGGUCCAGGAGUUACAGCAGAAACUGCACCAGGUGAAUGGGAGCUGGAACAAGGCAGCACAGACACUGGAGCUAUGGAGAAUGUCCUUACAGGCUGCCCUCAUCCAGUGCCAGGAUUUCCAUCUUACCACCCACUCGCUGCUGAUGUGGCUGGCCAACUGUGAGAGGCGGCGUGGACUGGUACAGCUCAGUAACCCAGGACUAAGUCUCCAGACUCUGACACAGCAUCGCAAAGAGCUGAUGAAUCUGGAGGCGGAGAUGUUGGAGAAACAGCCCCAGGUAAAUGCCCUGCAGGAAAUGUCCAGGCAGCUGCUGGAGCAGGGAGUGGUCGCCGAGUGUGUGGAGGCCAAGGAGAAGGUGCAUGUGAUCGGGAACAGGCUGAAGCUACUGCUCGGGGAGAUUGUGACCGACCUGAAGACUGUCAACGAGAGGCUGGACAAGGACUCCAUCAUCUCUGUUGAUGAGUUGGAAUUCUCCAGUGUUCCAAGGAGCAGCACCCCACUCCGGCAACUUGUGGGCCGGAGAGAGGUCAAAAUGGAUAAAGCACCUGGUGUCUCCAUGAAGAGAGUUGGAGAAGUUGGGGGCCGGGGAGUCUCGAAGGCUCGAUCCUUCCUGUCCCGGGUUUUCCAGGCAGCGUUCCCUCUCCAGCUCCUCAUCCUCCUCCUGCUGCUUCUGGCGUGUCUCAUCCCCUUCAGCCAGGAAGACUACAACUGUGCCUUGGCAAACAACUUUGCCCGCUCCCUCUACCCCAUGCUGCGGUACACCAAUGGCCCACCACCAACAUGACCCCCACCAUGGCUUCACCAAAACCCUACCCUGCUCCCCACUGUCCCCCAACACCCUGCACUGCC